ACCGCGGCCGACGGUUAUUCGCUAUCGAGCACUCGACCAGUACGGAGCUCUCGCAGUGUGUGCCUGCGUGCGUUUGUGUGUGUGUGUAUGUGUUGUGUGGAUUUAUGCCCCUUAACCGGCGGUCCGAGUCAGAGUGAAGCGUUUUGCGCGUUUGCCUGCCGUCCGACGGGACUUUCCACGACGCAUCCGCAUUGAAAAUAAUAUACAGGCGCAUGUGCGCUCGCUCCGCUGUCCACAGCGCGGUGGCUCCACGGAACGGUGACUUGCGCGCUGCACAGACGACGAACCAGCGGAUGGAAUUCGUAGAAUAUCACUUCGUGAUUGUCAUCUGUCUCUAGCUAAACGGUUGCUGCGUUUAGCGGAUAAACAUUAGCCGGUCGAUCGAGUGAAUAGAAUAGAAGCGAGCGUGGUGCCACCGUUUGACGACACAAGGAAGCGUCAGCAUUAGAAGAGCAGGGUGGAGAUAGAAAACAGCAUCACCCCAGCGAGCCCUGUGUUCAUACACCAAAAACUAACGUACUCCAAACACACACACACACACACGAGCACCACCAGCAACCGCAUCCACAAUGGCCGAUCAUAAUGAAAACUUUGCUCCGAGUGCGGAGCACCUGAAAGCGCAGCAGCCGAGCGGUGACGGGGCGCCGAAAACGGACCAACCGCCCCAGCCCACCGAAACAGCCAGUGUCAGUUCCUCCUCGAGGGAUACGAAGCGAGAGGCCAGCUGGCCGUCGGUGCUGUUCUACAUCCAUCUCAACAUUCUCGGCGUGUACGGAGUUUUCGUUUUAUUUUCUCACACCUCACUGAUAACGUGUGUCUUCACAUCCUUGCUCACAUUGUUCGGCAUCUUGGGCGUUACGGCCGGGGCCCACCGUCUAUGGGCGCAUAGGACGUACGAGGCCACGGCCCUGCUGCGCUUCACGCUGAUGAUCUUCCAAACACUUGCCGGACAGGGCUCAAUCUACGACUGGGUGCGGAUGCAUCGGCUGCACCACGAAAAGUUCCGCACCGUCGACGAUCCGUACUACAGCGACAAGGACUUUAUGCACGCGCAGGUAUUCGCCAACAUACGCAAGCUAAGCCCGCGGCAGGAGAAGCUGCUGGCCGCCGUUGACAUGAGCGACCUGGAGGCGGACGGCAUUGUGAUGUUCCAGCGCCGCUUCUACUGGGCGAUGUAUCUGGUGCUGUUCGUGCUGCUGCCGAUCAAUGCCCCGCUCGAGUACUGGGGCGACACCGUGCAGGCGGCCAUCUUUGUCGCGUUCUCGCUCCGCUACCUGGUCGUGCUGAACGUGGCCUGGCUCAUCAAUUCGGCUCACUUUGUCUGGGGUCUAGACAAAAACCACAAGCAGUCGGACUCGAACAUGGUGUUCGUGGUGACGAAGAGCUACUGGCCGCAGUACCACUAUCUGCUACCGUUCGACUACCAGAGCGGCGAGUUCGGCAACUACGGAUCGGGCUGCACCACCGCAUUCAUUCGCAUCUUCGCCGCGAUCGGACAGGCGACCAAGCUGCAAACCAUCACGACGGAGGCAGUGAAGCGGGGGCUCACGAUGGCGGUGGACAGUGGCAGACCGAUCGUGGAGUGUCUGAAGCAGGCGGGUGCCGAGGAGAUGUGCAAUCUGAAGCGCGAACACUACCUCGAAACGGAGCGACUGCACUAGAGAACCCCUUCCCUGUCGCUCUUAUUGGUCUGCUGGGGCGCCAGAGUACGGGCGUUGACCACUGUUACAGUUUUUGCUAAGCUUGUCUCUACCCCCCCCUGUCCCGCCUGUCUCCCGCUUGUCCGCAAAAACGGUCGGUCGAUGAAUAAUUUAUUUGCUAGGAGGAGAAGGGGAGCGUUUACUCCACAUCUCUUCUCUACCUCUCUCCGCUUCUUCGGCCUGCGCGACAAUUGUACCGUUUCCGUUUGGUCCUGAUCAGCGCGUGCUCAAGGUUCAGUGCGACACCGUUUGAUGAUGAAAAUGCAUAUAUACCGCUAGAGCUAUGGUUGCAAUUCGCACUCACUGGCUGAUCGCGGUGCGUGGAAAACAAAAAGCGGACCGGAAACGGGGUCCCCGGGCAUGGACAAACGUUAGAUGAUUUUUUUCGGAGGGUGACUUUAUAGUUGUGAAAUAAAACAAAACCAAAUUGAGCUGGUGCUGCUAUAAGAAACA